CACUCAGAAGCUUUGUUAGUAAGGGAGAGGCAGACAGCACUUUGAUAGAUAUUUUAUCCUUUCAGACGACAUUACUUUUGUAUUUUUAGUAAGAUUGCAGUACUGCACACGUAGGAAACAUGAUGACAUAAAUUUAAAAUACUAUUAGUUAGUCUAGGGCGGCUCAUGACGCCAGACACAUUAAAGUUAGCCAGCAGUAGUUCUUUAGUCAUCCGUGUUUGAAAUGGUUUGCCUCGUCGGUUUAGCUUUAUAAAUGUCGCUUAGACUCCUUUUGUAAAUGAUUUUAAAUAAUUUUAGUUUGUGAGGUAAAAUUUAGAGACGCGUUACUGUACAAUCUGACCGGCUGUGUAUGAGUGUGGUUGUCGAGCUAAACUCGUCGACUCACUUUUACACAAAAAACCUAAUCGGCAUGUUUAAAAUCAUCCUUUUUUAACUGAUACUUUUAACUCGACGUCGUGUUAUGGUGGUGUAGGCUGAAGAACAGACAGUGACUCAGUAUAAAUGAAUCUGAAAGCUAGAUAGCUUAAACAGCAUCAUACUUAAGCGAAGUCUUAGGGUCGCAGUAUUAAAUGUUUAGUUCAGGAUGAAGUGUAAAGUAUCAGUCUGGAAAACGAAUUAAGUGUUUUUACGACGAGGUUUAUUGUGGAGGAGGAAAUCUCCAUUACUUUCAUUCCUUUAACUCGAUGGCCAAGUGUGAAAACACGCCGCCUUAUAUGUUAAGCUAGUAAACACUUAUCUUUCCUGAAGGGAUUUAGCAAUCAAAGCGUAUAUGCCAAAUAAACUUAAUUUGGUUAAUAAAUUAAGCCAAGCAGGGCUCAGUUUUAGGUUUAGGUCAAGAAUUCCUCACUUAGCUGUGCGUUAGCUAGCCGGUGUGCUAGCAUUCACCUCAGCUCCCAGAAAUGUCGAAUAUCAACGAAGCUGUGCUUUUGAUAAAAGAUGUAAAGCCCGGAUCGAAAAACCUUAAUAUCGUCUUUAUAGUUUUGGAAAUCGGUCGGGUGACGAAGACAAAGGACGGGCACGAGGUGCGCUCGUGCAGAGUGGCGGAUAAGAGCGGCUGCAUCGCCAUCUCUGUGUGGGAUGAGCUUGGUAGCCUCAUCCAGCCCGGGGACAUCAUUCGCCUUACGAGAGGUUAUGCUUCCAUCUGGAAGGGUUGCCUUACGCUAUACACUGGACGAGGAGGAGACUUGCAGAAAAUUGGGGAGUUCUGCAUGGUGUAUUCAGAGGUUCCAAAUUUCAGUGAGCCAAAUCCUGAGCUGCUAGCACAAGCUAACCAGCAAAAUAAGACGGGUAAAGAACAACGAGGAAAUUCUCCACCAAAUCAAAAUGCAGGUACUCCUGCACAAACAGGAAAUGGCACUGUGCCAGUAUUUCCAAAUACUAGUGCUGCACCUGUGCCUCGGGAUCCCAACUUUGGCGCUCAAGGAAGACCGAACGGGCGUGUUACGGGCAAUGGGCCACCCCCAACAACUGCAGGGGGACCCCCAGCUCCGCCCAAACCCACAGUUACCAUUAGUAAUGGCAGGGAUCCAAGAAGGGCUUCGAAAAGAUGAGACACUGACUGCAAAAUCCACUUCUCCAUUUUCACUCCUUGCAUAAAAAAUCCCACCCACAAACCAUCCUUAAAAAUGGCCAAAACUGCCAAUGACAAACGAGGUUUUGUAAAAAAAUGUUGCCAUCUGUGCUUUUGCUUUGUCAUUUGCCAAGAACUGUAUAUUAUUUUGUUUGCAAAAGGUUACAAUUCAACAUCUUGGUUAUUAUACAUAUCUCUUCAAGGUUGUAUCCUUGCUGCCCAUCAAGUGCCGUUCAAAGGCCCACCACCGUCCUUAAUGUUGUUAAACUAUACACCCUACUUGAACACUUAAUGCACUUUCUUCUUUUAAUUUUUAUUGAACUCCUAGUCAUGUAAUUCAGGACGAGUUAACUGCUGUUGCAAAUAGGGGAAUGGAACUUCAAAGUGACUGAUUACUUUGAAGGUCCCUUCCACCCUCUCUGGCCAAAAACGUACCAGAAGUGACCGUGUGAAAGGAAAGGUGAUAGUUUGAUUGGACAAUUAGGAUUAUUGAAUUAGGAAUAAAUCAAGAACAAAACGUUGGGAAAUGAUCCCUGUGGUAGUGUUGUAAUUGUUGACAAUAUCAGUAAACUGAAGAGUUGCCUUUUCAGUGCAAUUUACAUGUGAAUGAGACCACUGUUUUUAUGACUGGAGUGAAAUAAUCUGCCUACUGUAAAAACCAGUAUGUUUGAUAACUUAAAUUUCUAAGUCAACAAAUGUAUAGGCAUUUAACUGAAGGCAUGUGGUUUUCGUUUUUAGACUUGUUAGAUUUUAUUAUGUGAACUCUGACAUUAAUGUGUACUUGGAUUGACAAAUUUGAACAUGCUUUAUACUGGC